AGUAGAGAUGGAGCAAAGUACAUUUGUCACAUAAACAGGCAACAAACUACUUGCAUCUGACAGGUGUGCCAUUCAGUGUUGGCGUAGAAAGAUGUCAGCGGUCAUAGUCGUGCACGGCGGAGCGUGGGCCAUUCCCGAUGACCUCGCCAAGGUAAAAAUGGAUGGAGUGAAGGCAGCAGCCCGUCAAGGCUUUGCAGUGCUGCAAAAAGCAGGCAGCGCCCUGGAUGCUGUGGAGUUGGCCGUGCGGGCCCUGGAAGAUAACCAUGUGUUUAAUGCAGGUCACGGAGCAGCUUUAAACACAAACGGGGAAGUGGAGCUGGACGCCAUCAUCAUGGAUGGAAAGACGCUGGCUUGCGGUGCUGUGUCAUCAGUGAAGAACAUUGCCAACCCUGUAACUUUGGCACGUGCUGUGAUGGAAAAGACUGACCACGUCAUGUUGACCGACAGCGGCGCAAACCUGUUUGCAGAGAGCAUCGGCAUGGCCACAGUCCCCACCGAUUCGUUGGUGUCCAAUUACGAGAGAAAAGAAUGGGAGAAGCACAAGAAAUAUGUGACAGGCGUAAUGGAAAGCUUCAACUCUCGCUGGGCCCAUGAUACUGUCGGUGCUGUUGCUGUGGACUGCUCCGGGAAUGUGGCCUGUGCCACAUCCACUGGAGGCAUCCGAAAUAAAAUGGUCGGCAGAGUUGGCGACUCCCCCGUCAUCGGCUGUGGCGGAUAUGCAGACAACUUGAGUGGUGCAGUAUCUUGUACCGGCCAUGGAGAGUCUAUCCUGAGAGUCACACUGGCCAAACACAUCCUUUCUCACAUUGAACAAGGUAGAUCCGUGGCCCAGGCGUGCGACAUGUCCCUGCAGUACAUGGGAGAGCGCGUGCGUGGCGCUGGCGGGGUCAUCGUUGUCUCUCCAACGGGUCAGUGGGCAUCAGCGUUUACCACAGAGCGAAUGGCUUGGGCCGCUGUGGAUAAUAAUGUUCUGUACCAUGGAUUAGAACCCAAUGAAAAACUGAAAGAAUAACACUUUUCUUUUUCUUACUUUCCUUACAUGUCAUCCAAUAGAGAUCUAUGUUUUCUAUAAGUAUUUCUCCAAUUGUAGACACACUUUAAACACUUGUUUUAACUAUCUUGUGAAAUCACAACUUUUUUUUUACCAAGUUAGACGGAUUUAAAGAGCAUAUGUUGUAGUUGAGCAAUAAGUUCGUGUAUUAAUUAUGCUAUUUGCAGCAUAUAGCAUUACAUUAGAUUACAACUGAAAUGAUCAGUAACAAUUAAUCGAUUAAAUCAGUGGUUCUCAAUUUUUUUUCAAUAAGUACCACCUCAGAAAACACUUGGCUUAAUUACAACUAUAAUCCAUCCAUCCAUCCAUUCAUCCAUCAUGUUCCGCUUAUCCGAGGUCGGGUCGCGGGGGCACCAGCCUAAGCAGGGAAACCCAGACUUCCCUCUCCCCAGCCACUUCGUCUAGCUCUUCCCGGGGGAUCCCGAGGCGUUCCCAGGCCAGCCGGGAGACAUAGUCUUCCCAACGUGUCCUGGGUCUUCCCGUGGCCUCCUACCAGUUGGACGUGCCCUAAACACCUCCCUAGGGAGGCGUUCAGGUGGCAUCCUGACCAGAUGCCCGAACCACCUCAUCUGGCAACUAUAAUGACCAACAAUAAAAUAAAGUAGCACAGUAUGCCUAAAUAUUCAUUUAAAAAAGGCAGAUGUUUUAUUUAAAAAGUAUAUUUGAUUUAUAUUAGCCACAGUUUGAACUUAUUUAGCGUACCACUAGUAGUACGCGUACCACAGUUUAACAAUCAUUGGAUUACAUCGAUUAAUUAUUAUUUUUUUAAAACCAUUGAUUUCUAUUUUGUUGCUUUGAUUAAUUCUCCUUGAGUGCAACUAAUACAGGUUGAUCAAAUAUAGAACGCUUUAAAUACGCCAACAUCGUUCCCACACAGCCGCUUCAAUAGAGCAUACAUGAGAGUGGUGGUGUGUGGGUGCUGAAUCUGUGUGGGAACACACAGCUGAUGUAUAUAUAUAUAAUUUUUUCAAUGCACACAUGUUAAAAGUGCAAUUUCAAUGUUGAUGAUGUGCGUUUAUUUGAAAAAAAGCAAGUGAUAUCAAGCAGAAAAAUCAUUGUUUAUUUCAACCAUUUCCCUCAAAAACAUGCAUUGAGGCUAUAAACUUAGAUUUAUCAGACUACUAGACCAGUGAUUCUCAACCUUUUUUCAGUGAUGUACCCCCUGUGAACAUUUUUUUUUUUAAAUUCAAGUACCCCCUAAUCAGAGCAACGCAUUUUUGGUUGAAAAAAAGAGAUAAACAAGUAAAAUACAGCACUAUCUCAUCAGUUUCUAAUUUAUUAAAUUGUAUAACGGUGCAAAAUAUUGCUCAUUCGUAGUGGUCUUUCUUGAACUAUUUAGAAAAAAAGAUAUACAAAUAACUAAAAACUUGUUGAAAAGUAAACCAGUGACUCCAUUAUAAAUAAUAAGAAGUAAUCAUCAACUUAAAGUGCCCUCUUUAGGGAUUGUAAUAGAGAUUCAUCAGGAUUCAUGAACUUGAUUCUAAACAUUUCUUCACAGAAAAUAAAAUCCUUAACAUCAAUAUUUAUGGAACAGUUCCACCAAAAAAUCUGUCUGUCAACACUGAAUAUUGCAUUGUUGCAUUUCUUUUCACAGUUUAUGAACUUACAUUCAUAUUUUGUUGAAGUAUUAUUCAAUAAAUAUAUUUAUAAAAUAUUUUUGAAUUGUUGCUAUUUUUGGAAUAUUUUUAAAAAAUUUCACGUACCCCUUGGCAUACUUUCAAGUACCCCCAGGGGUACGCGUACCCCCAUUUGAGAACCACUGUACUAGACUAAUCAAACAAAUGAAUCGAUACAUUACUGGAUUAAAAAAAUGGAAAGCCAUGCCCUAAAGUUCAGUAUAAAACGAUCCAUUGUGAUGUCAUUCUGUGAUAAGAACUUGAGAUUGUUCUAAAACAUACCUAUCAUUUUUCUCAAUUGGAAUAAACUGUCAAGAAGAGCUGAAUUGUGAACGUGGUUGACAAAUUGAUGUUUGUUCCUGUUUUUAUUCAUAACAUAUAUAC